UUAUAACUAGUGUUUUCAAAUCAUGUCGGAUAUUAAAAAUGUUAUAGAAUUGCUAUGUAAACAUUUGAAUUUAUCAAUUAAAGUGGCAAUUCAACCAGAAUAUUUUAGGUUAUCUAAAUAUAAUAAUACCACGCAAAAAUCUGAUAUAUUAUGGACGAUAUUACACAUAUUAAGCUUUUAUGCGGCGAAAGAAAAGCAAAAUGACAUAUACUUUGAGGAAUAUGGUAAGUUUGUCAUUUUCUUUGUGUGUACAUAUAUUUUUUAUUUUCAUUUAUUGCAUUCUUUUGUUUUGUUGCAACAAUUAAAAAAAUAUGAAUAUAAUGUUGUAGAUAAAUUAUCUGCUACAAAAUUAUAUUUCGCUUUUUUACAAUAUCCAGCGAUUGAAUUUUAUGGUUUAUCAGAAAGCUGCCAUAAUAAUAGAGUACUUCUAUUAGCCUUUGCAUGGCUUUUAGCUACACAAAAUGUUUUAAAUAUCGUGGUACGUGUCAAUUUGACAUCUAGUCUUUUAGGAAGGGAAUGUUCAUGCCCUGAUAUAUCUUUGAAAGAAGUAUCUACAGUAGAAACAUCAUGCUCUGUACAUACACAAAUAAAAAAUAUUAUCCAUCACAAUAGUAAAGUAAAUUUUAAUAUUAAACAUAUAUCCGAAUUAAUUUGCAAAAAAGUUAAAUUGUUAAAUAAAGCUCACGAUGCGAGCUUGAAUUUUGAUCAUCUUGCACAUAUGAAUGUAAUGGAAAUUGCAUUUAUAAAGCAUUUAUUAGCCUUACAUACAGAUUCAAAUUUUGUUCAAUGUAAACAACAAAAGUCAGAUUUGCGUGCUAUAGGAGUGAUGUUAGAUAUACAUUUAAAAUGGAUGGAAAAAGAACAUCUAUUUUAUGAUUGGAUGAUAAGUGUGAUCAAGGAAUAUGAGAAAUCUGUAGAUAUUAAUAUAAAUAGAAUAAGUUGGGAUGAAAUUGGUAGUUUCAUUUCUUUGUUGGAACAUGUCAUAAAAAAGAAAUUAUAUUCUGUUUACUCAGAAAAAACAGAAGACAGUCUGGAAUGUCGUAACGCUUUCCAAUGUACAUCUCGUUUAUUAAGAACAUCUGAUAUCAAAUGUGAAGUUAAUAAAUGGUUAAUGGAUGUAACCAUUCAACUAAAUCAAAUAAAAGAAACACUUGGAAAAAAUAAAGAAGAGCUCGCAUUACAAUUGAAAAAUAUAUUAAUGAUCGUGCCAUUGUGCGUUCGAGUUUAAUACUGCUAUAAUAUUUUUUUAUGAAGCAUAUGUAAAAUUAUAACUUUUAGUGGAUUUUUAUAAGGAUACCAUACGUCAACUAGAUUUCAUUUAUAAGAAAAAAAAUGUUAGCAGAAAUUUAAAAAAAUCAAAUUAGUUAGGCCUAAUAUGUAUUAAACAGAAAUUUAUCUAAAUGUCACGACGUGGGAGUCGUUAUCAGGUCAAUUACACCGAACGAUGAAAUAAAAACAUUGAGAACCGUGACGAGAAAUAUACCGAUAACAGUCCAA